AAAGAUUAGCUAGUUAGCAACGGCAUUCCUGUUUCAUGUCCUCUAUCUUGUUGUAGUCGUAAUAUUAACUAGCCAUGGAGGGGUCAGAUACAUACAUCAUACGACCUAAUCAUCAGCACAAGUUUAAAACAGCCAUUGUGAAGGAGUACAUUCGUGAAAUUGUGAGGGAGCGAUUGUCGGGUGUGCAGUACGACCCAGAGGAAGUCCCUGAGCUGUCCCGUUCACUGGCAGACUCCAUUAAGGACAAAGUGAAGAAUGCAGGGUUUGACAGAUAUAAGCUUGUUGUGCAGGUGGUCAUUGGAGAACAACGGGGACAGGGAGUGAAGAUGUCUUCCAGGUGUUUGUGGGAUGCUGACACAGACAACUAUGCUGAAGAUGUUUUCAUGAAUGACAGCUUGUUCUGUGCGGUGGCAGUUUUCGGAAGUUAUUACUACUGAGGAUGAGAGGAUGGAUGACAGGAUUCUUUCAGAUGAAAAGAUGUGAGGGGAACAUCCACACAAGACUGCUCACAGUCAGCAUUUCGGAUCCACGGUGCGUUCAUCUGAAGUAACUUUGUAAUUGCAGCAUCUUAAGAUUGGCACAGAUGACAUCCAGCGUGGAAGUCAUGGAUCUCUGUGCUGAGAAUGUAGUUAGUUUAAAACUGAGGGUUUCACCAGCUUCAGAAGUUUGAUACCGGGGUGGGUGUGGAAACCCUCAGUAUAUUCACGAGAUGUUGUGUUUACUAAAGAAGGCAGCUGACUUUGACAUCCACUGGUGAAAAUGUCAAUUUACUACAUUUUCUUUGAUUCUGAAAUUAAUUACUCAAAAUAGCCACAUGACCAGUGGUUUACUUUAAAGGGUUAGCAGAUUAAAAAAUGUCUCUAGUAAUAUUUUCAGGACAUUCUGUAUGUUUAGUAGACCUAUGGGGGGACUGUAGCAGUCGUUGUAUCUGGUACUCUCUCUGCAACUUUCAGCUGCAAAAGCACAGUAAAAGCAGCAGAAUGUAAUGCAGUACAGUGCGUAUUUGUUCUACACUGUGGGUGCUUUACUUUGCACAGCAGUUACAGUAGAGGUCAGUAUUUGUCUCUGAUUGUCCGCAUCAGAACCGGGAUAACUGCUGCAGGCCAGCUACUGUAAUUAUACCGGAAAUGAACAGGAAGACUUUACUAAAAUUUUAACCACUUUCUGUCUAGUUCAUUGUCACCUUUAUUAUCAACGCACUGCUGCCUCUUCAUUUUUCCAUGACUGACGUCCUUGUAAAUAUUAAUCAGCCCUUAGUUUGAGUGGGACACUAUGUCUUUGUUAUCCCUUAUUAUGAUCAUCCUAUUCAGCAUUAAACACAAAUCUAACUCAGAAAUGAAGUAGCUUGACAUGUUGAAAACUAUAACAUCUAAAAAAUUUGUUUCAGUAUCAAAUGUCCAAUAUCUCAUAUAUAAAAAAAAUCUACAUACUUUUAUUUAAACAAUGGUUCUUAUAUACACUGUGUAUUGUACUGUACUAUUAUAAAAUCAAUAAAUUAUAAUUGUACUGAGUAUUUGUAGAUUUAUCGUAACAAAUCAAACCAUCACUGAAAGUAGCUUGCUGCACUAUAAAGUUAAUUGUUGGAUUUUUCCAGAAAAAGGACAGGAUUGCAUUUUGGAUUGAACGGUCAGAGGCACUGCUCUCUCAAUACAACAAGAAGAUUUUGUGGCAGAAUGAAAAGAGGUUGAUGGAAACCUUUUCUAGUAUCUUAACUUUGAAAAACAUUGGCACUAACAAUGCAAGCUACUCAAGCAUGAUUCCACUUGUUGAUUUAGGUUGGUCUGAAAACAAAACAAAAAACUGAGAAAAAAAACAGCAACCAUAAGAGGUAGAUACGAUGAGGACAUUUAAUUGCAUUUCAUACUGUUUGUAUAAAGUGCAGUGAGAGCACCACUGGCUAAAUCUCUCUUGAGGAUUAAACUUAAUUCAAUGAACCUUUUGUUCACAGAGCCUUUCAUCAGAAUAAGAGCCAUUAUAUUCUUUAUCUUGCUUGUUUUACAUGAAUACCCCCAAUUUAUUCCCUCAGAUUCCACAGUAAGAAGGUCUACGUUUAUGCAGAUUAUACUGUAGAUAUCAAUGAAGAGGCACCAGAUCAACAGCACAUCAAACUGUGAGUCAUCACAAAGCACCACUCCUGACUAUUUCUUGGAAGAGCACUGAGGAAAAACCCGUAUAAACAAAUUUAAAACCCAUAAGAUGAAUUUUAUUGCACAAUAAGAUAAGUGAGUUAAAAUUCAAAUCAUUUUAUGUUAAUGAAGCAUUUUGUAUUGAAUGCUGGUUCAAAAAUACAUUUGACGUUAAUAACGUUGUUAGCGUUGUUAGCAUACAGUAGUAAAGCUUCAAUUUUGCUUUUCCUUUUGUGUAUUUUGGUGGUAAUUUUAAAACUGUUGACUU